UGGAGGGCAGAAGUGCAUAGAUUAGUGAGGUUUCUGAGAAUCGUUCCGAAGUAUUACAUUACACGCGGUACAAAACGUGGCAGCAUGGUAGACCCCACACCGAACCCUUUAAAAUCCUUCCCCUUUCUCUUCUCAUGAGCUUUCAUUCAGCUGAAACAACAAUAACAACAGCUAGGGUGGAAGCUAUAAACUCUCUCAAAUCAAAACCCCCAAAUUUCUCUUCUCUGAUCUCUGAUCACUGAUCACUCUCACUCUCACUUCCAUUCUCUCUCAAAACUGAAUUGUUAGUGCUCAAAGAAUGUGAUGUGCUUCUUGGUUCUGCUUCCAUGACAAAGACAAGUGAAGAGUUUUGGUUAAACUUAAUGAAUUCCGAUUCUGCUAACCAUGAUGAUGCUACUGCUACCACCCCUUUACCUGUGCUUUCAGUGUCUCCUUCUCCCCUCUUGAAUAUGAAUGAAACAUCUUCUCUAUUUUACAGCCAGGAACAACAUGGAGGUAGUUCCAUGACUGCUGUUUCGUCUCAGUUCGGGGGUUCUCAGAAUUCCCAGAUGGACCCCAGUUGCUUAUAUGAAGGACAGGAACAUGUAUCCCUUCCGUGUCCGGUAGGAUACAUGGGGUGGCCAUAUCAAUAUUCUAGGCAUGGUGAUCUACCAAUCUCUGAUGAUGUGACGAAUGUUAACUUCAAUUUGAAUAGUUCUGUGAAGCCUGACAGUGAUGGAAAAUGUGUGACCCCAAUGGAUAGUUUGGCCACCAGGCUUCAAAUGGGCACCCCUAGUGGAACAGCAAUGAGCAGCAAUAUUGGUCAGCUCAAUACAAAUUUGGGAAUGUCACUGUUUAAUCAAAACCAAGGUGGUGCAGGACCAUUGCUUAAUGCAGGAAAACUUGAUGAAAGAUUAUCCACUGCUGGUUCUGGAAGUAACAAAGAGACCAGGUCCAAUGCUAUUAUGCCAAGAGUCAAUGUGAGUACUAAUUCCCAGAGGGCACAUCUUCUUCCAAUUAAUACUCUUCACAAUCAACCGGGUAACAGAAUCUUAAGUCCUGGUUUAGAUAUGAAUAGUGCCUAUUCUGGUUUUCAAAAUGACAGUGGAGUCAUAUCGGAUUUAGCACAGAUGAGUGGUCAGGAAGUUAUGUUUGAUUCCAGACCUGGUAUACAGUCGGGACUAUGGCCAGCUGCUGCUGACCAAAACCAUCAUUUUAGGCAAGUCAACAGGGAUUCAGGUCUUGGAGGUGUGAAAGACAGAGAUCCAAGACAUGGCUUUGAAAGAAGCAUGGUUCCCUCUCCAUUUCCAGUUGUGGGAAGUCCAUCUGUGCCUUGUGACAGUAGACAGAGAUCAGUGAACAGACAGCUAGUUCCCUCUUCAAUAGGAGUGGUAACUAAUCAGUUACCUUUUGUACAGCAUCAACAACAACAAAAGCCUUAUCCUUUUCUGCAGCAGCACCAACAACAACAACAACAACAACAGCAGCAGCAGCAGCAGCUACAAAAGCCUUAUCCUUUUCUGCAACAGCACCGCCAACAACAACAACAAAAGCCUUCUCCUUUUCUGCAGCAGCACCAACAACAAGAACAACAAAAGCCUUAUCCGACACCUUUUGUGCAAUCACAGUCUUUGGCUAGUGCUCCCUUGAGAAGCAUCAGAGGGCAGGAUCCUCCAAUAGGAGAGGUAACUAAUCAGUUACCUUUUGUGCUGCAGCAACUGCAACAACAGCAGCAGCAGCAGCCUUAUCCUACACCUUUUGUGCAACUACCUCAAAAUAAUUUGAAGCUCUUAUCACAGUCUCUUGAUAGUGCUCCCUUUAGAGGCAUCAGAGGGCAGGAUCCUUCAGGUAAUCACGGUCAAUCUCAGGUAGAUGGUUCUAUUCAGCAAUCAAACCCUCCUCUUGGACGACAUUAUGCUCCUGAUCAAGGGAUGGUAAUUGGAAAGGGAAAUAUGACCGCUCAAGUUUCAAGGCAAUCCACCAUACCAUCUCUAAAACGACCUGCUUCCCAACCACUGUCAUCCACUGUCCAGGAACAACGGAGGAAGACUAGACCAACUCAGACAUCCAUUCAUCCGCCAAAUCCACCUUGGACCAGGCUUCCUCCAUCAGCCCCAAAUACACCCCAAGCAAUUGCUCCGUUGGUCUAUGCACCCCUAUCACUCACACCCCAUGCUACGCAAUCAUUUGUUCCUCCAUCGUUGCCUACUAAAUCUGCUUUCCCAGCCCCGAACCCAACUCAGACCAUUCCUCCUCCAUUUGUCCCUCCAAUUGACCAGAGAAUCUCACCUUCCCGCCCCUUAUCCCAUCCUGCUCCUCCUCUUCUAAACCAACAACAGUUGAUAGCUCAAUCUCUUGCUCGCCAACGGUUGAUGAAUCAAAUUAUACAAUCUACUCCUGCUACUGCUCACAAUUAUAUCAAGUAUAAAGAUCAAACACCUGAACCACUUGGAUAUAAAUGCAUGUUGUGCAAAAGGGAUCUCUCCUACGUCCCAGAAGGGCCAAUUUCACAGCCACCUACUCCGCCUGCGGCUGCUGUCCUGUCAUGUGGCCACACAUUUCACCAACAUUGUUUGGAGAAAAUGACUCCUGAUGGCCAAUCCAAAGACCCUCCAUGCAUUCCCUGUGCUCUUGGAGAAUAGUGAAUUUUGUCUUACUUUUUGAAUUCUUCCUUUUGUGGAUCUCAAAGGUUAUUCAGUAUGAAGAAAAAGAGGGGAAAACAGAAUUUAGGAGCAGAGUAGGUAGGUUUUUGUUUGACUAUACCUUAGUGAAGAUUACCAUAUUAUACAUGGUCUGACAUGUCUGAGUAUAUAGUUGUGGAGAUUAUUAUGUAAGAAAUAGUGCUACAUGUACCAUUUUGUAUACCUCCUCCACAUAUAUGCUACUUUCAUUCCUUGAAUACAGUGGGUCUCGCAUUUUAGCGGGGGAUAGUCUUGUUUAA